GAGAAGAUUGUCGAGGCUUGCUUGUUCAUGACCGGUUUUGUGAAAAUUCCCAGCUUCUGCUCAGUCUCUCUUCCCUCAGCCCGGUUGCUCAGUCCAGAACCAAUUCCAGUCUGUUUGCUGACCCCUCAUCCUCACCCCAGCUCCUCAUCCACCCCAACAAACACUGCCUCGCCUCGAACAAACAAAUCACCAACACCAACACCACCCUCACAACAACCCUUCGACCACACACAUUUACCCCUUCCCUCUCACCAUUCCUCUCUACUCCCUACUACUGCACAUUUUCGUCAACUAUACUGAAAAGAAAAACCAAAGACUAUCUAUAUAUCCUAUAAGCACUCCAGAGAACCCAACAACUAGCCCACCCUAAGUCACUCCCAUCAAGAGUCCCGAGCGAGUCCCAGCCGAUCCACUCCGUCUGCACCCUCCCUCUCUCUCUCUCUCUCUCUAGUGGUAAUUACUUGAGUCGACCCUCAUCAUCCAUAUACCGUCCCGCUGCUUCAUUCUCGGCCAAGGUUAAAAGGAGGCCCCUGGAAAAGGAAAACCCCAAUAAAAACUCUCACACACAACUAAGGCAUACUGUGAUUGGCUUCUGUUUUUACCACCGUAAGACUCUUCCCUGAGAUUCUGUUAAGAAACCCGACCUGCUUCGUCUCUCUCUCUCUCGGUCUCGACCGAGUACUUAAGCCGAAAGAACCUGAGCUGCGAGCCUAGUCUGAAGAACCCCGUCGUACACAUACCCUUCAAUCCUUCUCUCUUUUUCAGCUCAUACACCCACUACUAGUCUGCAAGAUCUCUCUCUCUCUCUCUCUCUCGUCGUCGCUCGUAAGAACAAGAAGAAUCACUGGGGUUGGCCGUAUCACCACAUACACUCACUCACACACCAAGAGCAUUGAAGACAGAAACUUAAAGGAGAACAGAGCGGCUUUCCGUUCGAAAGACAAAGACUCACAUAAGCAUAAGAAAAUAACAUACAGGUGAUAUUGUUAAGCCGAAAGAACUGAAAAAUGAGUCGACAUCAUCCAUACUCAGGCUAUGAUGAGAGCACGCCAGCAGGCCCGGCGGGGCAUCGGAAGGGCGGGCAUGGAAGUCGGGGGCACCAGCACCAGCAUCACAGUCGGGCCAACAACCAUGGAGGCCGAGGAGGAGCAAGAGGAGGAGGAGGAGGAGGAGGAGGAGGUCGACGAGGAUAUGGAGCUGGGAACCAGAAUGCCGAUGUCGGCUAUCAGGCUCUGCAUUCUGCCGCCCCGGCUCAUGAGUUCGGCUUCGACAGGCUCUCGCCUCCCGUCUCUGCUGGCCCGCCUCGUGGCCCCGCACUUAAGAACUUCAAACAUCGCCCCAAUCCGAAUAAAGGCUUCAAUCAUCUCAACCAUCAUCAUCACAACUUUCAUCAUAAUCAGAACCAUCAGAAUUAUCAUAAGCUGAAAAACUUUGCAAAGGCUGAUCUUGCUGGUGAACGGGAGUUGUCGAUCGAUGAACGGAUCCAAAGGGAACGGCCUUGUAGGACUCUGUUCGUUAGGAAUGUCAAGUAUGAGACGGAUUCUCAAGAGGUUCGAGAGAAGUUCGAAGAAAUGGGCGAGAUCAAGAUCUUCUUUGAUUUGAUUUCUACUCGAGGCAUGGCCUUUAUUACUUAUUAUGACUUGAGGGCGGCGACGAUGGCCAAGGAAAGAUUGCAAGGGACGGAUGUGUCUGGGCGGCCGAUCGACGUGCAUUACUCGUUGCCGAAAGAUAACGAGCUAGAACGGCGGUGCGACCGGGACAAGAAUCAAGCGACCUUGUUCCUAUCCAUCACCGAUGGUCACAGGCCCAUUAACGAUAGCGAGUUACGCAACAAGUUCGAGACCUACGGCGAGAUCAGGAGCAUCAAACCUUUCAAAGACUCUCCCUAUCAAAGGUUCGUCGAGUAUUGGGAUACUAGGGCUUGUGAGAGCGCCCAUGAUAGCCUCGAUGGAUCCCAAUAUUUGGGCGGGACGCUUGAGCUCAAGUUCUCAUGGGAUACCGGCAUGGUCCCGAAAGGAAGACCAGACUGGCGAGCGGGACAGGAUGAAGACAGAACUGGGUUCUCCGGGCCCGAUGAAGGUCCAGAUUAUUAUGAGCACGACGACCGGGCGAGUUACGAGGAUUAUGGGCGUCAGAAUGGGCAUCAAAACGGGGCCGGCUCCCAGGAUCGUUAUAGCCAGCAGUCUUACAAUUCAUCAUCUACCAAUCCUGGAGGGGGCGCAUUUGGAAAGCAGAUCGAUGAGCAGCGUCUCGACCAAGCCCAUAAAGUGCAAGAACUACUUGCGUCCUUGACUAAGGCCGGCGCGGAUGGCCAUCUGAAUAACGGAAAUGCGUCGAGACCAGCUGCAACAGUUGUGAACAACUACCCGAGCGAGCCAUCGGGCCCGAAGCCGAUGAGCCAGUCGGGCUUUACGAUGAGCAACCCGCUGCCGAGCAACUUUGUGCCCAACUACCCCAGCUAUCCGGUCGGACAGCCGACGGAGUAUAAUGCCAGUCUGGCGGCGCCGACCAACCCGGGCACGCAGAACUACAACCAACUCGCACAGAUCAUGGGCCAGUUGUCUAGCUUCUCGGCCGUCCCGCUCCAGCAGCCAUCCCUUUCGAACCCAACACCACCACCACCGCCCACGUAUCCUUCGACCAUCAAUGAGGACCCUCGCCGACUUUCGGGCUCCGGUAACCCUUCCACACCGCUCGGUCUGCCGGCCUCUGUCCUGGCACUCUUACAACAGAACCGAGCAACAGCAGCAGGAGGAGGAGCCACCAAUAACUCCUCUCCCAUCGUCCCCACUAAUCCGGCCCAACCACCCGCCUCUUCUUACACCCCGCCCUCCCAACCUCCAGGCCCAUCGAUCCCCACCGCGCCGCGUGCCAUGCAAGCCGCCGCCGCGAUCGCCAGUCUCUCUUCCGCUUCCUCCCUUCCGCUCCCAUCCUCUCUCGCCCGCACUCCUUCGCUUCCUUCGCCCCAUUUCUUCAACGACUCCACUCCCCCCGUCGCCGCUAAUGGAUCGUCUCCUCAUCCUCAGGCCGCCGUCCAGCAACUCUUGGCUCUCCUCCAGCAACCACAGCAACAGAAUCAGCAUCAGCAUCACCAACAACCGUAAAUAAAUAACAGUACCAAUCACGUGCAUACGGUCGUCGUCUUGUCCCACACACCCGCUAUAGACUCACUCCCCCCCCCCUUUUUUUUGACUCGUCUUUUUUCUUUGGUU